AUGGUGUUCGUGAAACCCCAAAAGAAGCAGGCUUACUUCAAGAGGUAUCAAGUCAAGUUCAGGAGAAGGCGUGAUGGAAAGACUGAUUACCGCGCCAGGAUCCGUCUCAUCAAUCAGGACAAGAACAAGUACAACACCCCUAAGUACCGUUAUGUCGUGAGAUUUACCAACAAGGACAUAAUUGCUCAAAUUGUGUCUGCAACUAUCACUGGUGACAUUGUUAUGGCAUCUGCCUAUGCGCAUGAGCUCCCUCGUUAUGGCCUUAAAGCUGGUCUAACGAAUUAUGCUGCUGCAUACUGUACUGGUCUCCUUUUGGCUCGCCGUGUACUUAAGAUGCUCGAGAUGGAUGCUGAGUAUGAAGGAAAUGCUGAGGCCACUGGAGAAGACUACUCUGUUGAGCCGACUGAAACCAGAAGGCCAUUCCGUGCUCUUCUCGACGUUGGUCUCGUCAGGACCACAACCGGAAACCGUGUGUUUGGUGCCCUUAAGGGUGCUUUGGAUGGUGGAAUUGACAUCCCACACAGUGACAAGCGUUUUGCUGGGUUCAACAAGGAAGGAAAGAACCUUGAUGCUGAAGUUCACAGGAAAUACAUCUUCGGCGGUCACGUUGCUGAUUACAUGAAGCUGUUGAUGGAGGAUGAGCCAGACAAAUACCAGACUCAUUUCAGCGGUUACUUGAAGAAGGAUCUUGCCCCAGAGAAUAUGGAAGAGAUGUACAAGGCAGUACACGCAGCAAUUAGGGCUGAUCCAUCAAUCAAGAAGUCCGACAAAGUGGCUCCUAAAGAGCACAAGAGGUACAACCCUAAGAAGCUGACUUAUGAUGAGAGGAAGGCUAGUCUGAUCCAGCGAGUGAAGGCCUUGAACUCAGCUGGUGAUGGUGGGGAUGAUGAUGAUGAGGACGAGGACGACGAGUAA